AUGGAGUUUUUGUCACCGCCGGGUCCGGAGAUGUCUCCCACCACGGCUAUUGAAGAAGAAGGAGAAGGCUUUGGUCACCAAGAACCAAAACUCAUCGGCGAAACGAAACGGGCUAAUUUGGGUUACGCGUUUGUGAACUUCACGAGCUCUAUCGCAGCUGUUAGAUUCUAUAGAGAAUUCGACAAGUUCUUUUGGGCUAACCAAAGGACCAAGAAGAUUUGCGAAAUCAAUACAGCCAAGUUUCAGGGGAAAGAAGAGUUAAGUCGACAUUUCAAGGAGUCAAAGUUCCCUUGCCACACUGACGAGUAUCUUCCGGUGGUUCUCUCCCCGCCGAGCGAUGGCUUCACCGCUUACAAGCUGAAGACUCUGGGUUUCAGGGUCGGCUUUCGUGGCGGUGCGUCACGUCGUGCUUGA